AUGCCACCUGUGGCUGUUUGCGAGUUGUUAGUGGGCGGCAUGACCUGCGCCGCCUGCACGGGAGCCGUUCAAAGCAGUCUGAUCAAAUGCCCUGGCGCCAUUCAAGCUCAAGUGGACCUUUUGAGGGAAACUGCACGCGUCGCCUACAACAGUGAUGUUAUAAGCCCGGCUGAACUUUGCGCAGCAGUCGAAAGCCUGGGUUUUCACGCACAAGUCCUGCAGAUAUUCGUGGCAAAUAACCCGAGCCCGUCCGCUGAAAGCAGCAUCAGAACCACAACAGACUCUGCAGAACAAUCAACGGACGAGCAACAGGAGGUUUCAAAAGAACUGUUGGUGGAUGGAUCGGCUGCAGGGGGAUGCAAAGAGGUGGAGCUGCGGCUCCCUCAGUGUCAAGAAGCAACCCAGCAAGCGCAUGAUUUCAAUGAGCUUUGGGCCAUGUCAAAGGCCACACUUCGUCUCGCGCUAACGGAGCGUCAGGGCUUAUCUGUCGAAUCCGCCUGCAGCAGACUGAAGAGCAGCAACGGAGUUAUGGGCUGUGUAGUCACCCCACAGAGAGGCGUUGAGGCAACUGGCACGAAACAACUGAUGGUGACCUACAGACCCCAGAAGGAAACUGUUCUGGGGAACCAAAGGGCUAUGCUCGGCUCCCUGCUGUUCUCACUUAUACCCGCCCUCGCUGUCGUCUGCAUCUCCGUCAUGGCCAGGACUGACAAGCUUCCGCCCGUGUUUUUCUUCCACCAAGCGGCUUUGAAGGGCUUGCGACAUGGACAGUUCAGCAUGGACCUCCUCGUGUCCCUCGGGAGCAACUUGGCCUUCUUCUACUCCGCCCUGUCGUGCAUGCAGUCGGCAGCAACACGCGUGUGGUGCAAGCCGCUGCUGUCUGCGGCGGACGUUGCAGUAGCAACAGCAGCGGCAGCAGCAGCGCAUCCUGGAGCUACCAACCCUGGUAACCACACCAUCAGCCCAUUCUAUGAACUUCUGGAAGGGGCAGAACCUCAGGUCUUCUUAGACACCUGCGUAAUGCUCAUCUGCGUCGUCCUACUUGGCAAGUUGCUGCAGCUGCGAGCAAAGGCCCGGAUUCUGGAGCAGCUACACAGGUGCGUGCGGGAUGUGUCUACGUGCGAGAAUGCAGACGAAGCAGAUGAGGCACCCGACAGCGGCAAACCUUCCUGCUGCUGCAAGCAGAAGAAAGACCUGCUCGAAGAAGAAGAAGAAGCAGCAGAAACACCGGAGACACAAACGACACAAAGAAAUGAUCCUGAGGAAAUCACCAUCAGCGCUGAACUGCUGCAGGCCGGGGACGUCGUCAGGGUCCCUCCCCAGGAAGUCCUACCAGCGGACGGAAUUCUACUAGCCCCCUCUCUACUGCAUGUAGACGAGCGGCUCCUAUCAGGGGAGGGCCGCGGGGUUUGCAAGGUGGCGGGGCAGCGGGUUAUUGGGGGCAGCCGAAACGCUUCGCAUACAGACGCCUUCGUUCAGAUCCAGGUUGGCGAUUCGUCCGUGCUGCAGACACUGCUGCGACUGGUGGAGACGGGGCAGCAGCAGCAGCAGCCGCUGCAGAAGGCUGCUGAGAAGUUUGCUACUUAUUUUAUUCCCAUAGUAUUGUGCAUCACUGCUGUUGCAGUGGUUUCCUGGGCUGUUAAAGUCUUUGCUGCUGCACACACACUCCCCCUGUCUCCGCUGCAGCAGAUGCGGCAGCGUCUGCAUGAGUUGGAGCUCAGGGAGGGUGUAUCCGGCAGCGAGAUGCAGCAGAAGCUGCAGCAGCAGCAUCAGCAGCAACAGCAGCAUUUUGAAACCCAAGGCAUUUUCUUAACAGCAACUGGCCCGGCUCGUUCUACCCCCAUAUCUCCUCCUAUUUUGGGGGAUACUCCUGUGUCUGCGCAUGAAGCAGCAGCAGCUGCUGCAGCAUGUCGACUCUCCAGCUGGGUAUUAACAUGGGAUAGCCUUUUGUUUGCGCUGCGCUUUGGGGUGGCUGUCUGCUGCGCCGCCUGUCCAUGUGCUAUCGGAUUAGCUGCUCCUGCUGCUGUGGCACGAGGAGUCUUCUUUAAAACGGGAAAGGCACUCGAAGCAGCAGCAAAUGUCAACUGUCUUGUUGUAGAUAAAACAGGAACACUCACCACAGGCGAACUCAGAGUGUCUGCAUGCGUGGUGCACACAAAGCGGCUGGAGCAGCUUCUGCUGCCAGCACUGGAGAGGAGCUGCAGCUCCCUCCUUGCCUCUCAAGCCAAGGCCAAGCCAAACACUGAAACUUGCUGCAGCUCCCGCACCGCCAUCGGUCCCAGUGAAGGUCUCAAGAGCGCCCCUUGCUGCUGCAGCAACAGCAACAGCAGCAGCAGCAGCAGCAGCAGCCGCAGCACAAGGAUGAGCGAACAUACUCCAUCACCGUCCGACAGCGUCACCAGCUCGCUGGCCUGCGAAUCCAUCGUCACCCUUGACAGCACCGCCGCUGCAGCAGACGCUGCAGCAGCACCAGACGACAGACUUGCUUCCCCUUGCUGCAGAAAGCAACCCCAAGGCAGCAGCAGCAGCAGCAGCAGCAAUCUAGAAGGGCCCAGUGGGCCCCCCCUCGCCUUUUGCAGACUGGACUUCCUCUACAAAGCCUCAUCCCCGGUGUCCGAUGAGAACAGCAGCGAUAGAAACAGCAGCAGCAGCAGCACCAACUGCUGCAGCAGCAAAGGCGCAAGCUCCCCUCAAUUCUCUAUCUGGCACAGCAGAAAGGCGGGGGUCUAUGACGGCGAGGCACUGCAGGGUUUGUCUGCUGCGUCUAGAAGGGCCCAGUGGGCCCCCCCUCGCCUUUUGCAGACUGGACUUCCUCUACAAAGCCUCAUCCCCCGCCUCCGAUGA